AUGGGGUGUUUGACUGUUUGCAAUUAUUUGAGCUUAUUUACUGUUCUUUAUGCAGUAAGAAUGAAAAUUUCUUUUCAAAGACGAGAAAAAUCAAACCAACAGACUGAAGAUAAGUUAGAGUUCCUAAGGUUCUCAAGAUCCGUUGGAAUUCGAAAGAGACAAAAUGGCGAAUGUGGUUUUAAAAAUCCAAACUCAGGAGAAAAAACCACACUGUCCUAUGUAAAGAACAGUACUGCCCUAGGAGAAAGGUCAAACCAAUAUGUUGACUAUACAGGCAACAUCCCAAGAUCCUUAAGAGAUUCCGGAAUUUCAAAGAAGAGAAAGGUUCAGGAUAUUCAUAAACAAGAUAUUAUAAAAUCAAAGUCAAAAAAGGACGAAGGCUUUAUGGUUUGUUGUUCAAAGAGGACUUGUAAAGGACGAGAGCCAAAGAAGUGUCUUUCUUCAUUGAAGAAAAGAAAAUUUGAAGACGAUAUCUCGAUUAACAGUUUGGAAGAUGAAACAGAUUUUGUUCCUUCAGAGACAAAUUCCAAAAGCAAAGCUAGAAAAUUGGAUAAUGUGAAGAAUGCCGGGCACACUUCCAAAAUAUGUCAUCAAUGCAGGAAGAAGGAAAGGACAGCAUACGUACCUUGUACUAAAUGUCAGAAAAUGUACUGUGUGUGGUGCAUCCGGAAAUGGUAUCCCAAUAUGUCAGCAGAAGAUAUUGCAGAAGAGUGUCCCUUUUGCCAAAAGAAUUGCAAUUGCAAUUUUUGCUUGCGUUCAAGAGGAAUGAUUAAGACCUCUAACAGAAGCAUCACAGAUGGCGAAAAGGUUCAAUAUCUCCAAUAUAUAAUUAACUUGCUCCUUCCAUUUAUGCAACAAAUUCAUGAAGAACAAAGUCAAGAGCAAGAUAUUGAUGCUAAAAUACAAGGAAAAUCAUCUUCUGAGAUUGAGAUACCACGAACUUCUUGUGCUGAAAAUGAACGUAUCUAUUGUGACCAUUGUGCUACUUCAAUAACUGACCUUCAUAGAAGCUGUCCCAAUUGUUCCUUAGAAAUCUGCCUUAAUUGUUGCAAAGAAAUACGCAAUGGAAGUAUAACACCCCGGUCUGAACUGAAGUUUCAAUAUGUGAAUAGGGGAUAUGAUUAUAUGCAUGGUGGAGAUCCUUUAUCAGUGUCUCCUGAUUUAAGAACUUCAAAAGGUCAUGAUGAGAUAUUUACCAAAUGGAAUGCCAACAGUGAUGGAAGUAUUAGAUGUGCUCCAAAAAAUAUGGGGGGCUGUGGUGGCUGUGUGUUGGAGCUGAAACGCAUGCUUCCAAAUGGGUGGAUAUCAGACUUGGAAGCCAAAGCUCGAAACAUGCUAAAUUUUAUUUGCAAAACUGAACAAACAACUCUUCAGAAAGAAGCAAUAUCAAGUUGCAAUUCUACGAUAAGAGCAGCUUUUAGAGAUAGCACAAAUGAUAAUAAUAUAUACUGUCCAUUGUCUAGUGACCUCAUAGAUGGAGGACUAUUUCUCUUCCAAAAACAUUGGACCAAGGGUGAACCAAUCAUAGUUCGUGAUGUUCUUAAACAGGGGACAGGUCUAAGUUGGGAGCCAACAGUCACAUGGCGAGCAUUAUGUGAAAAUGUGGUUUCGGGGAUCAGCCCAAAUAUGUCACAUGUGAAGGCCAUCGAUUGCCUGGCUAGUUGUGAGGUAGAAAUCAACACUCGUACGUUCUUUACAGGUUAUACGCAAGGAAGAAUGUAUGGAAAUCUCUGGCCAGAGAUGCUGAAGCUAAAAGACUGGCCACCCUCUGACAAGUUUGAAGAUCUUUUGCCCCGCCAUUGUGAUGAGUUCAUUCGGUGCUUGCCAUUUCAAGAGUAUAGUGAUCCUCGAGCUGGGAUCCUCAACCUAGCUGUAAGGUUGCCACCCCAUGUCAUAAAGCCAGAUUUGGGUCCAAAAACCUAUAUUGCUUAUGGGAUUAAAGAAGAACUUGGCAGAGGGGAUUCAGUAACAAAACUUCACUGUGAUAUGUCUGAUGCUGUGAAUAUCUUGACUCACACAGCUGAGGUAACAUUAACUGAUGAACAGAACUCUGUUAUCUCAAAACUGAAAAAAGCACACAAGGCCCAGGAUGAGAAAGAGGGUCGUGCUCAAGAUAGAGUUGCUGAAUGCCUUAAUGGAGGAAAGGUCUUCCCAAAUGAUAUGACCGCUAUAUCUGAAGAAACAGGUGGUGCUCUUUGGGACAUAUUUCGGAGAGAGGACACCGAUAAGUUAGAAUCAUAUCUAAGAAAACAUUGCAAAGAAUUUAGGCAUACUUUUUGUUCUCCAGUUGAACAGGUUGUCCAUCCAAUUCAUGACCAAUGUUUUUACUUGACUUCGGAACACAAGAAGAAGCUGAAGGAGGAGUUUGGUGUAGAAGCUUGGACUUUUGAGCAAAAACUUGGGGAGGCAGUAUUUAUUCCUGCGGGAUGCCCGCAUCAAGUCAGAAAUCUCAAGUCAUGCACCAAAGUUGCUGCAGAUUUUGUGUCCCCAGAAAAUGUUCAUAUGUGCUUGCACUUAACUAACGAGUUUCGUAGUCUUCCUAAGAAUCACAGGGCCAGAGAAGAUAAGCUUGAGAUAAAGAAGAUGAUAAUCUAUGCUGUUGACCACGCUGUCAAAGAAUUAGAAGCUUUAGUUAAAUGUUCUUGA